AUGGCGUCCACCGCGGCAGGGAAGCAGCGGAUCCCCGAGGUGGCGAAGGUGAAGAACGAAGCUCCUGCUGAGGUGCAGAUCACCGCCGAGCAGCUGCUGAGAGAAGCCAAGGAGAGGGAGCUGGAACUUCUGCCGCCCAAGCAGGAGAUUACCGUCAAGGAGGAGCUCAACGACUCCAAGCUGAGGAAGAGGAAGAAUCAUAAAGGAAGACCCAAAAGAUACUGCUGUCGUCAUUGCAAGCAAGUCUUCACCACUUCAUCAAGCCUGAAGAUCCAUAAGAAAACUCACACUGGUGAUAAACCAUACAGCUGUGAUCAGUGUGGAGCGGCUUUUACCCUGCAAGGUAACCUAACGACUCACCAGCGUAUUCACACUGGAGACAAGCCUUACAAGUGUGAUCAGUGUGGAGUGGCUUUUACCCAGCAAGGUGCUCUAAUAAGACACCAACGUAUUCACAGUGGAGACAAGCCUUACAGGUGUGAUCAGUGUGGAGCGGCUUUUGCCCAUCAAAGUAACCUAACGACUCACCAACGUAUUCACACUGGAGACAAGCCUUACAGGUGUGAUCAGUGUGGAGUGGCUUUUACCCAGCAAGGUACUCUAAUGAGACACCAACGUAUUCACACUGGAGACAAGCCUUACAGAUGUGAUCAGUGUGGAGUGGCUUUUGCCCUGCAAGGUAACCUAACGACUCACCAGAGUAUUCACACUGGAGACAAGCCUUACAGGUGUGAUCAGUGUGGAGCGGCUUUUGCCCAUCAAAGUAACCUAAUGACUCACCAACGUAUUCACACUGGAGACAAGCCUUACAGAUGUGAUCAGUGUGGAGCGGCUUUUGCCCAGCAAGGUGCUCUAACGACUCACCAACGUAUUCACACUGGAGACAAGCCUUACAGGUGUGAUCAGUGUGGGGCGGCUUUUGCCCAGCAAGGUGAUUUGACAAAACAUCGACGUAUUCACACUGGAUAAAAAUUGUACAUUUGUGAUCAGUGCUGAUAUAAUUUAUUUUGAGAGUUCAGUUAAAAGGCACCAAUUUAGUUUAGUUAAUUUAGUUUGAAAGGAAUAAUUCUGGUGGUUCGAUUGUUGGAAAGAUUUUGAAUUUUUUUUUUUAAAAAAGCAGCAGAUUCUUACAGCUGUAAGAGCUGUUCAGUUAUAACCAGAUUUAGAAAAUGAAGUAAAAGAAUUCAAUUCAAAAGUCUUUAUUUUGAACAUGAUGGUAGUGUAAGUCACAGACAUACU